UGACUUGCAUAACACGAAAAGACUGCUCGAAUGGGUGAAGCCAAAGGUAUAAGUGAUCGACGCGUACAUAACGCGAUGCAACUCGAGACAAUCAUCUCUUGUAUAGCGUGAGCGGCAGCUGCGGCGAAAGGCUCCGUCUUUGCCGAUCACCGCAACGUCAUUGAAGUCAUGUCGACGGAAUUUCCACUAAAUACAGUAUCAAUGCGCGGUAGAUAAAACACUUCCCUCUGAAAGCAACCGGCGUAGGUCUUGCAUCUCUCCCGAUUCCCAAAUACCGCACAAUCAGCCAAAAUGUCUCCUCCACGUGUGGCCUGGAUUGGCCUGGGCAACAUGGGCCGCGGCAUGGUCAAGAACAUUGUGGAAAAAGGCAGCUACACGGCCCCGGUGCUCAUCUACAACCGCACAGCAGCCAAAGCAGAGAAGUUCGCCUCCUCCCUCAACGCCGGCGACAAGGUCAAAGUCACCGACUCGAUUGAGGAAUGCGUCAAGCAAGCCGACUACAUCUUCACCUGCGUGGGCGACGAUGCCGCCAUCGAAAGCACCAUCGACACCGCCCUCAAAGUGCCCGAGGCGAAGGGCAAGCUGUUCAUCGACUGCUCCACCAUCCACCCCGACACGACCAACAAACUCGCCAAAACGAUCAACGACAAGGGCGCCGAAUUCGUCGCCUGCCCCGUCUUCGGCGCCCCUCCCAUGGCCGAGUCGGGCAAGCUCAUCACCGUCCUCGCCGGCCCCAAAGCCCAAGUCGACAAAGUGAAGCCCUUCUGUCAGGACGUCAUGGCGCGCGCCGAAGUGGACUUUAGCGACCAACCGCAAGGCGCCGCCACCCGCCUGAAAAUCAUCGGCAACACCUUCAUCCUCAACAUGGUCGAGAUCUUGUCCGAAAGCCACGUGCUGGCUGAGAAGUCGGGCCUCGGUUCGGAUAACUUGCACAAGUUUAUUGAGACUAUGUUUGGCCCGCCGUAUUCUGCUUAUAGCAAUCGGAUGAUUACGGGGGAUUACUAUACUCGCGAGGAGCCGGCGUUUUCGGCCAAGUUGGCGAGGAAGGAUUAUAACCAUGCCAAGUCGUUGGCAGACACGCACGGCGUGCAGUUAAAGGGGUUGAAUGUGGCGGGGCAGCAUUUGUUGGAUGUCAUUGACAAGAAGAAUGACAAGGGCGACUUGGCGGGCAUCUAUGGUGUUGUACGGGAGGAGGGAGGCUUAAAGUUUGAGAACCAAAAGUGAAGGACGUAGAUCCUCGACAAUAAGAAUAGACGUAGUGUACCAUCUCCCUUCAGUCAGGUGCUUUGACAUCCGCCCAGCUCGCCUGAAUACUGCGGCAUACACCGACGUAAUCUUCCCACCGCUCCUGAUUCUCCACCACCCCCUCUCCCGUCCAGAACAUGGUCCAAUUCGUCCCGGGAAUCUGCCAAUGCCCAUCUGCGCGCUCAAUAUACCACUUGUUCACGGGGUUGUCUUUUCGACUGCGCCAGCACACGCCUUGAGGGAAGCCAGUGCGCACCAUUGCUUGAAAGAGG